AUGCAGGUCGCCGUAGAAGAUGACCUCCUCUCGUUGACCCAGUCCUUGUUACUCGACGAUGUGCGAGUCACUGUCCUAGUUUCUCAAGUCCAGUUUGAACCAUAUCUUAAUCCGUCGCAAGAUGAAACUUUGGCUACACUUGGGGAAGUCGAUGAGCAGCUUCGAUUGUUCCUUCGACGCAUAGUUCGGCCACGGACACAUAUAUCGCCUGCAGCUGCAUACCUUGCAUCGCUUCUGCGAGUAUACGGCUACAUCAUCAACCUAGUGGAGCGGCAGCUGCGACUUUAUGGCUCCAGCUACGGUGCGCGAGGUUAUGUCGCCGGUCGCUGGCCUCAGGCCCUGGUGGCAUUGCAGCAAUACAUGGGACUUCUCCGCGAAGUGCUUCGGCUCUUCAACUCCAACAGUCUUCUCCCGCCGUUCGAGGAACAACCACUCGCGACCGAUAUCAAUAACCAAAACACCAUCAUUCAACAGCUCUUACAAGACCAAGUCGAGUUCGAAGCCUCCCACUGGCGUGAGGUCUACCAAAGCCAUGAAGAAAGUGAAGUGCGCUCUGAGAACCCUCCAUCCACCUAUGUUACUCCUCCCAGCAGUAUCAGGGAUGGAGAUGACCCAGACGAUCCGCCGAUCCCCUUGCCACAGUUCCAGCCACGCCAGACCACCCUGGACCUCACCGCAAAUGCAGCACAACAAGCCGGCGAUCGCGAGCGGAGUCGCAUCUACGCAAUUCUCAAGUCGAUUUGGAUCUGUGACAGUCAAAGCCCACAAGAGCGAUCGAAAUUCCUGGCCCACGCGAUCCUUUCCAACAGCGUCAAUGGGGUCAGCCUGCUACUCGAUCUGGGAAUCGGAGUGGACCAACCGUGCAACAAGGAUCUACCUCUAUGCCUAGCUGCCAAACUGGGACACGAUGAAAUUGUGCAAAUGCUCAUUGAGCGUGGUGCCACAGUGGAGAAGCGAAGCGGGUCCGGCAGCACGGCGCUCAUGUCGGCGGCGGGAGCCGGGCAGACCUCCACCAUCGCAUUACUGCUAGAUAACAAGGCCGAUAUCAACGCCCAGAGCACGUACAAAGGGAUCAACGGCUUUACACCACUGAUGAGAGCUGUACGAUCGGGGCAUCAAAAUGCGUGUCGACUUCUGAUCGAUCGAGGAGCAGGCACGGGCGAUCACAACGACGCAGGCGAGUCUUUGCUGCAUGUUGCCAUACAGAGCGGUCGCUCGGAGAUCAUCGAUCUCGUCUUAGAGAGCCACGUCCAGAUUGGUGUAACAGAUCAGAAUGGUAACACUGUGUUGCAUCUAGCUGCAAGCAAAGGACUGGUUGGGUUGUCGACGAUUCUCCUGCAGCGAAUGAAUACCCUCGUCAAAAUUGGCAACCACAAGCAGGAAACCCCACUACACCACGCCAUUCGCACCAGGAGCCCCGAACUUGUAAAGCUUUUUCUCGACCAAGGUGCUUUUCCAAAUGCCCCGGACCAUAAAGGGAGGACUGCGCUCCAUCGUGCGAUUGAGAAGGAUUGCUCAACUCUUGUUCCUCUUCUGCUUGAGCGAGAGGCAGACCCAGAUUUCCGAGACAAGAAUGGCAAGACACCGCUUCACUAUGCAGUGGAGCUAGCUAAUAUGGAAAUCAUCCAAGCUUUACUCCACAAAGCGCCCGCGAUGAACAUCGAAGACACGAACAAAGAGACGCCGCUCCAGUACGCCGUCAAAUCUGGCAAUCUCCCUAUCCUGCAGCUCCUGGUAGCACAUGGUGCGGACCCAAAGUGGAGGGUCAGUGAUGGCAAGUCUCUCGCUGACUUCAUCAUGGAAUUGUCGCCGUCGGAGGAGUUAUCGCGCGGGAUGCUGCGCGACCUUCUUCGCCAGCAUAAGCCCGGGCAGCCAUCGGCCGUCACCUUCGGGUUUCCUGUCCUGCCAAAAGCGACAAGAGAAGGUAAAGUUGCACUCGUGAGGCUGCUCUGUGACCACUGCCCCGAAUUUGUCAAUGAAAACCCGCCAUCGGAGUCGGGAUUCUGCCCUCCAUUGCAUGAAGCACUCAACCUAUCCCACCAUAGAUCCCGCCGGGAGUUAGUCAACUUCUUUUGUGGGCUUCCACAGACCGACCUGAAUAUCCUUGAUCACCAGGGAAACCUACCGUUGCACCAAGCUGUAGAUACAUGGCACGAUGGACUACUCACCAAGCUCAUUGCUAGGGGGGCUGACAAGAACAAGCCUCAUGCGACCACGGGUCUGCCACCGUUGCAUUAUGCAGUCCACAAGCAAAAUCUCCGGGCAGUUGAGGAGUUGAUAGCGAACAAGGCAGAUGCCGAGCAGCGGGUGAACGGGGAGCAGUGCGACUGGUGCAGGAAGCAUUUACGACCAGCAGGCAGGAAUGCGCGAUGUGUGUUACAGGCUAUUCCGGAGAAAGACCGCUCGUCGGACUGGGAGGCCAUUAAUGUCCAACUGACACAAGUACUGAAUCCGCGGCCUUCUCCUAGCCCGGGCUCAAGUUCUAGUGGCGGUGGGAAACAAAGGAGGAAA